AUAAACACAACAGUGCAAGGAGUGCAAGAAGCCUUGGUCCUACUAGCCGGUAAACUGCGUAAACAUUUGAAAACCUUGUUCUCGACCACCGGCGGAAACGUGCUGGUGAAUGGUUCUGCAGUUGCGGAUGCGCACUGCAUUGCGCUGUAGAUGGUUCGGCAGCAAACCCACACCGGACAGUGCCGAACUGUUGCCGCGCAGCACCGUAAAGCGUUUCACGGCUACACCAAGGAAACGGGUUGCGGACAAAGCCACUACCUUACCAUGCAGCGAGCAGACCGUGCACAAAUCGACCAAUGGGAUAAAGGAGAAAGGUGCUGCGAUUGAGCGGCAUUCGGUGGCCAAGGAACCGCGAAUGAAUGCGGUAAACAUUCAGAUGCUCUCACCGGUGCUUCAUCGGCAAAUAUUUGGAAACGAUCCAUCGCCAGCGGCAAUCGAUCCGAUCGUGAAGCAGGAACUAUACCAUGAGCUCACCCGUCAUGGCAUCGACAUUUCGAAACCGAUUCUCUUACCGGACGUGGACCUUAGGCUACCGCCGCUGUCCGGUGCUACGAUCGAGGAGCAUUUCAUGCGUAUUGCAGAGGAUCAGAGUGGCCCGUACCGCACGGCCGUUAAUGCGCUCGUUGACAUCGCGACACCUGCACCGCCACUACCGAAGGCGUGGUCGCGAAGGGCAGGCUGGACAUGGUACAAACCAUCGUCGGACGGCACGCCCGUACAGAUAGCCAUACCAUUCCCACCAGACGAGGCGCUCAUAUUCGAUGUGGAGGUCUGUGUGCGGGCCGGAAUGGCACCGAUCAUCGCCACGGCGCUAGGUCCUAACGGUUGGUAUUCCUGGACCAGCCCUCUGCUAGCAUCCGACCGUCCCAUCGGACACACUGAUCCGAGUUGUACGAACGGGCCGCAACCCCUGCGCCUCGGUGACUUGAUACCGCUCGAGAGUGAUCCAGCGGUGGACAGCUGUCGCACUGGUUCCAGGUUCCAGCGGCCUAGGAUCGUGAUCGGUCACAACGUGUCGUACGACCGAGCGCGCGUACGCGAACAGUAUUGGGUCGAGCCAACUGCUCUCCGUUUCCUCGAUACAAUGUCGCUCCACGUGUGCGUUAGCGGCAUCACCAGCUACCAGCGAGCAAUGCUAAAGUCGAGCAAAGCGUUACCACCAGCCGACAGUGGCUGGCGUGAACAAUGCUCCCUAAACAACUUGGCUGACGUGUAUGCGCUCUACUGCGGCCAGCAAUUGAACAAGAGCCAACGAGAUACAUUCGUCGAGGGUACGAUAGGCGAGGUGCGGGCUGACUUUGGUAACCUGAUGAGUUACUGUGCGGAGGAUGUGCGAGCCACCAAGGCCGUGCUGGUACAGCUGUGGCCCCUGUUUCAGGAGCGCUUCCCACACCCGGCAACGCUAGCCGGGAUGCUUGAGAUGGGCAGCUCCUAUCUGCCCGUGAACGCGAGUUGGAAUCGCUAUCUUACCGAAUCGGAUCUGGCGUACGAUGAUCUGGACAUCGAGGGAAAGCAGCUGCUGGCGCAGCGUGCUGAUGCGGCGUGUACGUUACUGCACAAUCAGGCCUACAAGCGCGAUCUGUGGCUGUGGGAUCAGGACUGGAGCGUACAGGAACUAAAGCUGAAGGCUGCGCGUAAAACCAAAACGCCCAAAACGGCCAACAACGAAUCGCCGGCUAUCGUAGCACGCAGAACCGGCGAACGUAACGAGACUGUCCAAUCACCAGACGGUAACGCCGAGGCAGAAAGAUUGGCUAAGCAGUUCCAGCACCUGUACGCGAUGGCGGACCGGCUGCCCGCACGACGUCCGUUACUACCCGGCUAUCCUGCCUGGUAUCGCAAUCUCUGCUCGAAACCGGAUACUGCCGACUGGCGCCCGGGACCGCACCAGCGAAUUAGCACGGGGCUCCAGAUUGCGCCAAAGCUGCUGUCUCUUUGCUGGGAAGGCUAUCCACUGCACUUUAUCCGGGGGCAGGGUUGGGGCUUUCUGGUGCCGUACCGUCACGUACGGGACACCGAAGCACAGGCAACGGGAACGACGAUACCGCUCGAGCAACUGGUAGCUGCCUGUCCGGUGGUGGAACUGCGCCAAACCAUCGCCACUCGCAGCGAAAGCGACGAGGUAUUUCACCAACUGCGCCGUGAUGUCGAACAGUCAAUCAGCCGGAAGGAGUACUAUCGGCAUACCGGGCAGCCGGCCCCGAAGGCGCCACCAAUAGCCUAUGACGGGGCCGGUGUUUGGUGUAAUCUCGAGCUCGAAGGGUGCUGCUUCUUUUUGCAGCUUCCGCACAAGGAUGGCGCCGGUCACCGGGUGGGGAACCCGCUGUCGAAGGAUUUCUUAGCCAAGUUCUCGGAGAACGUGCUGGCAGGGGAUGGACGGGCCGCCGAGCGGGUCGUUUCGAUCGCACGCAUGCUUUCGUACUGGCGCAACAACCGGGACCGUAUCCGGGGGCAAAUGGUGGUGUGGAUUAAUGGGGACGGAACAGCGGGGAGUGAUUGCGGUGCAAUCCUACCGCAGGUAGUGGUGUGCGGCACCCUCACACGACGCGCCUCCGAGCCCACCUGGAUGACGGCCAGCAAUGCGCAGCGCGAACGGAUUGGAUCGGAGUUGCGGGCCAUGGUGCAGGCACCGAGCGGCUAUCGAAUCAUCGGUGCUGACGUCGAUAGCCAAGAGCUGUGGAUUGCUUCGGUACUCGGUGAUGCUGGCGUAGCACGCCCCGGUGCACUUCACGGUGGCACACCGUUCGGCUGGAUGACGCUCAGCGGUACCAAGGCGACCCGCACGGACAUGCACAGUGUUACGGCUGGGGCAGUUGGUAUCUCACGCGAUCACGCCAAGGUCAUUAACUAUGCGCGUAUCUACGGUGCCGGCCAGCAGUUUGCCGAGCGGCUGUUGAAGCAGUUCAACCCGACUAUCUCGCAGGCGGAAGCUCGCUCGAAGGCAAUCAAAAUGUUUACCCUCACCAAGGGCCGCCGACUGCACCGGCUGCGAGAGCAAUGGCUAGAGACUCACCCGGAAGCUCCGCGGUACUGUACACCGUACGAGGCGCUCCGGCUGGCACGGCUGUUCAAUCACGCCGUCGAUGAGCUCUUCUAUCCGCCCCAGUGGUGUGGUGGCACCGAGAGUGCCAUGUUCAACCGGCUGGAGGAAAUAGCGAGUGCGGACCGUCCGAGCACACCGUUCCUGGGCGGGCGGCUCAGCCGAGCCCUCGAGCCUGCACACAGUGCCGACGUGGAUCGGUUCAUGCCGACGCGCAUCAAUUGGGUGGUGCAGAGCGGGGCCGUCGACUUUCUGCAUCUCAUGCUCGUUUGCAUGCGCUGGUUGAUGGGAGACCGGAUACGCUUCUGCUUAAGUUUCCACGAUGAGGUUCGCUAUCUGGUAGCGGAACGCUACGCGCACAAGGCAGCGCUAGCCAUGCAUGUAACCAACCUACUGACCCGUUCCUUCUGUGCCCAUCGGAUCGGCUUCAAGGACCUUCCCCAGUCCGUGGCCUUCUUCUCAACGGUCGAAGUAGAUCGGGUGCUGCGCAAGGAAGCCCACGCCGACUGUCGCACACCCUCGAAUCCAAACGGUCUGGAAGCAGGCUACCAAGUGCCGAAUGGUGAAUCGCUCGACAUCUACCAAACGCUGGCUAAGCUUGGUCCGAUCGACAGCGACAUGAGUGGUUGGCAAUGGCACAAACGACCGUUGAGCGAACGGCAACCUCCACCCACAGCCAGCUCGAAGACGAGUGUUGCCAUAUAGUAUUUGUGUAAUAAAUAGCAUCGCGCAGCGGUAGCUAGUGCCAUCAAUUAUUCAAUCUUGUGUGCACACUGACAGCACUACAGCCAAAUGACUUGCGCAACGUCAAUACUCCGGCGAGAAAUGGUUCACGUGUUGCAGUGGUUG